UCAAUGCUCACGCCAGGCGAAGGCUUACAAGUUGGCAGUCUAGUCGUCGGAAGCCUCCCCGUCCACCUCUCUCCAUUCUCUCUUUCGCGUCAGAGCCGACGGCGGAGAAUUGGACUCGACCAUCCGACGGCGCUUUCUUCACCUCCGAUUCGUUCCACGAUCUCAAUCGGCGGAGGAUGGGUGGCUGGAAGGCCGCCCGAAGACGGCUCCUAUUCGCCUCGUUGGUCUUCACCGCUGUGAUCGCCUCCGUCUCCGCCGCGGUCACUACCCCCUCGCCGAAGAAGGCGAAGGCGUUAGACGCUUCCUCCGCUGUCUUCCCUAUCCACGGCGAUGUCUACCCGCGCGGGCUGUACUACGUGGAGAUGAACAUUGGCGAUCCGCCGAAGCCCUACUUCUUGGACGUUGACACCGGCAGCGACCUCACCUGGAUCCAAUGCGACGCCCCCUGCGUUCGCUGUUCCAAGGGACCUCACCCGUGGUACCGGCCCAAGCGCACCAAUCUUGUACCCUGCAGAAACCCCUUCUGCGCCGCCCUCCAUUCCGGCACCGCCCAGGAUCAGAACUGCGGCCAAUGUGACUACGAGAUCGAAUACGCAGACAGCGGAUCCUCUCUCGGCGUCCUCGUCGCCGACGCCUUCUUCCUCGGCCGUACCCUCGCCCGCCCCAUCCUCGCCUUCGGGUGUGGGUACAAUCAGCAGCUUACGAGCCCCAACACCCCAGCGCUCACCGACGGAGUUCUCGGGCUCGGCACCGGGAAGGUUAGCGUUCUGUCUCAGCUAAGCGAUCAAGGGGUGACCAAGAACGUCGUCGGCCACUGUCUCAGCGCCAAGGGAGGCGGCAAUCUUUUCUUCGGCGAUGAUUUGGUGCCCAGCUCUCGGAUGACCUGGGCGCCCAUGUCUCGGAUUGGAUCCCGGAAUUAUUACUCGCCCGGGCCAGCAAACCUCCAAUGGGGGACUCGAUCUCUCGGAGUGAAGCAGAAGGAGGUGGUUUUCGAUACCGGGAGUACCUACACCUACUUUGGGUUUCAGCCAUACCAGGCAUUCCUCUCAGCUGUGAAGAGUGACCUGUCGAAGACGCCGCUGAAGGAGGUGUCCGACGACCCAUCUCUUUCGGUGUGCUGGAGAGGGCAGAAGCCAUUCAAGUCUGUGAAUGAUGUCAAGCAGUACUUCAAGGCAUUAGCUCUGAGCUUUGUGAAUGCGAAGAGAACGUUGCUCGAAGUACCUCCAGAGAACUACCUCAUCAUCACAAAACAUGGCAAUGCGUGCUUGGGAAUUCUCGACGGCACCGAAGUCGGACUCGGAAAUCUCAAUGUCAUCGGAGACAUCUCUCUGCAAGACCUCACGGUGGUUUACGACAACGAGAGGCAGCAGAUCGGAUGGGUCCGUGCGGCUUGUGACAGGCCUCCCAAGUCUGGAACUUCUUCCUCCCCAUGAUUGAUCUACUUGCAUUGACGUCGAUGUGCGUGCAUCAAAAGGGCGAUUCGUAGCUCUCCAACUCCUUCCCGUGCGUUCUAGCAGUGCAGGUGGACACGAGGUUGGUCUAACUCGAUUUGCCAGGCUAUCCUAACAGCAUAAGAGCUUUCAUAUUUAGUUAUCUUAGAGACGAUACACAUUUGGACAAGACAUAAUGAACUAUUCAUUUUCUUGGUUGGA